AUGCAGCAGUCAUCAGCAAGUUAUCCAAUUGAAUUAUUGGAUAACUGGCUCGGAGUAACCGAUCCCAAAAAGCGAAGGACAAUUCAAAACAGAAUCAACCAACGAGCUACUAGGCAGCGACAGCGAGAGGCACGUAAGCAGAAUACUAAACAAAAUAGUCGCCGCCCUACUGCGACAUUGUCAUCUACCGGCAAAGUUGACUUUACAGAUUUGAACGCACAUCCAAUCUUUGGGCCAACAGCAGAAAAGUCCAGGCAGAUUAUCAAACUUCUCGAGAAGAUCAUUUGUGAAAAGUUUAAGCUAGGAUCUCCUGAUACCGACAUGCUUCUCGGUCUAACCCGACUCAAUAUACUUCGAGCUCUCAAUGCAAAUCUUGACAUACUUGGAUAUGAGGGUUCUGCGAUGGACAAUGAUGAUGCACAAUCGUCUUUUAGCAUUAUCGGACCUCAAACUGCGAAAGCAGACUCCCGUGAGGCACUAUUGCCUCCAGCUUUGCGACCGACGGUGAUUCAGCGUACCGUCCCUCAUCAUCCCUGGCUUGAUUUGUUUCCUUUUCCAAAAAUGCGCGAUAUUCUCAUCAUGGGAGGCGAUUCAUAUGAUGAUGAAUUGAUGUGCUAUAACAUGCUUGGGGACAGGCUGCCUGAGAACAGUGCUCGGGGCGAGACUGGCAUUAUUGUUUGGAAAGACCCCUGGGAUCCAAAUGGGUGGGAGGUAACAUCGACGUACAUACAACUUUGGGGUUGGACUAUUCUAGGCUGUUCUGAGCUUUUCGAUUCUACGAAUGCCUGGCGAGCGAGGCGAGGAGAGACCCCUCUCUUCGUGUUGACCCAAAAUACCCACGAUUAUGCCCAGUAUUGCCGAUAA